AUGGCCGACUUCAUCACAAAUCUCUGGCAGUCCGUCUUUACGCCCGGCACAACUCCCACUCUCCUGAUCGCAACCAACGCUACAUUCGCCUGCCUCCAAAUCCUCCUUGGAGGUUUGCUUUUCGCGACAUAUAGCAUUCACUUUGCGAUUUUGAGUUUCCUGUGCGGUGGCCUGUGGUAUAGCAUCAACUGGUUCGCAUAUGAGCUUCAACAAGCAAAGGGCAAGGAAGUGGAGGCGGAGCGUCUACGUAAGAAGAAGCGAGAAGAGAGCGAGUGGAGGACAAAGGGCGACCAUGCAGAUGACGAGGGGGAGGAUACGGAGGUUGAAGGUAGUGGAAUGAGGGAUAGUGUGUCGUAUGAGCCUACGAGGCUGGGUGAAACAGGGCAGAAACUGGUAGUGGACGAUGUCACAUCAAGUGGGCAGGCAACGUCUUCAGGGUUACAGGCCAAGAGCGGUGUGGUCGAUGCGAGAUCUAGACGCGCUGGUGAUGUCGGCUCAAGUGCUAGUGAGGUGUCAACCGAUAGCGAAUGGGAGAAGGUGGAGGAUACUCGUUGA